AUGGGGAAGAAUAAAUCAGGUUCGAACGAGAAGAAGGGAAAUGCAAGCAAGACUACAGCAGAGCCAUCCGAGAGCAAGGGUAAGGGAUCACUGAAGCCCGCUACUGCUGUCAACGUCCGUCAUGUACUCUGCGAGAAACAUUCCAGAGCGACGGAAGCUUUGGAAAAAAUCCAGGGGGGACAACGAUUCGAUAAGGUCGCUCAGGAGUAUUCUGAAGACAAAGCCAAAGCUGGCGGUAGCCUGGGUUGGAUGACACGAGGAUCUAUGGUCGGUGCUUUUCAAGAUGCAGCAUUUGCUUUACAACCCUCAACUGUCGACAAACCGAUCCUUUCGCCGCUGGUGAAAACGAAUUUCGGCUACCACAUCAUUAUGGUCGAGGGUAGACGAUGA